AUGCCAACAUGCCUUGCGCCAGCGCAUGCAGCGCCAGCGUCAGCACUUGCCUACGUCAGCCGUCUGCGCUGCCUACAACCCACUCCGCCCGUGCCAGCCGCACCACUUGCGUCACCCGAGCUGCCCUUGCGGCAUGAGCUGCCCGCGCUGCCCAUGUCACUCGAACUGUAUGCACCUUCUAGAGUCAAUCCUAAACCUGUCGUGUUCUCUUUCUCCUUCUCCUUCUCCCUCUCCUUCUCCCUCUCCUUCUUCCUCCCCCUCUCCCUCUCCUUCUCCCUCUCCUUCUCCCUCUCCUUCUCCCUCUCCUCCUUCUCCUACUCCCUCUCCCUCUCCCUCUACUUCUCCCUCUCCUCCCUCUCCCUCUCCCUCUCCCUCUCCCUCUCCUUCUCCCUCUCCUUCUCCCUCUCCUUCUCCCUAUCCAUCUCCCACUCCUUCUCCCUCUCCCUCUUCCUCUCCCUCUCCCUCUCCCUCUCCCUCUCCCUCUCCCUCUCCCUCUCCCUCUCCCUCUCCCUCUCCCUCUCCCUCUCCCUCUCCCUCUCCCUCUCCCUCUCCUCUCCAUCUCCUCCUACCUCUCCUCCUCCCUCUCCUCCUCCCUCUCCUCCUCCCUCUCCCUCUCCCUCUCCCUCUCCCUCUCCCUCUCCCUCUCCCUCUCCCUCUCCCUCUCCCUCUCCCUCUCCCUCUCCCUCUCCCUCUCCCUCUCCCUCUCCCUCUCCCUCUCCCUCUCCCUCUCCCUCUCCCUCUCCUCUCCCUCUCUCCCUCUCCCUCUCCUCCAUCUCCUCCUCCCUCUCCUCCUCACUCUCCUCCUCCCUCUCCUCCUCCCUCUCCUCCCCCUCUCCUCCUCCCUCUCCUCAUCCCUCUCCUCCUCCCUCUCCUCCUCCCUCUCCUCCUCCCUCUCCUCCUCCCUCUUCUCCUCCCUCUCCCCCCCUCCCUCUCCUCCUCCCUCUCCCUCUCCCUCUCCCUCUCCCUCUCCCUCUCCCUCUCCCUCUCCCUCUCCCUCUCCCUCUCCCUCUCCCUCUCCCUCUCCCUCUCCCUCUCCCUCUCCCUCUCCCUCUCCCUCUCCCUCUCCCUCUCCCUCUCCCUCUCCUUCUCCCUCUCCUGCUUCCUCUCAUGCUCCCUCUCCUCCUCCCUCUCCUGCUCCCUCUCCUGCUCCCUCCUGCUCCCUCUACUGCUCCCUCUCCUGCUCCCUCUCCUGCUCCCUCUCAUGCUCCCUCUCCUCCUCCCUCUCCUCCUCCCUCUCCUCUGUCAACGGGAGCUAGACUACGGGCUAGGCACGGGUUCCACUAG